ACAGGCACCAGCCAGCCAGCCCCGUGACUGAGAACGCUCAAGUCUAACGGAGGAAAUGGCGGGUGCGACCUUCCUCUCGGCUCCGGCGCUGCUCCGCCUACCGUCGUCCUCUUCGUCCCCGGCACGCGGCAGGCAUGCGCAGAUUCAAGUGUGCUGCAGGGUCACACCUGAGGGUUCUGAGGCCGGACAGCCUCUGCGAUUCCACAGAAGGGAUCUUAUCGGAGGCUGCUUCGGCGCCACCGUUGGAUUGGAAAUUAUCGAGGGUUCGACAAGGUUCACAGGAGAGGCUGCUGCAGCUGAUUUGAUCGAACGCAGACAGCGCUCUGAGUUCCAAUCAAGCAUCAAAGGCACCCUCACAGCAGCCAUAGAGGCAAAGCCAGAGCUCGUCUCAUCUCUUUUGACCUUGGCGCUGAAUGAUGCUAUGACAUAUGACAAGGCCACAAAGUCAGGAGGGCCAAAUGGAUCGAUCAGGCUAAGUGCAGAAAUAAGCAGACCUGAAAACAGUGGGCUUUCUGCUGCUUUGGAUCUACUAGUCGAAACAAAGAAAGAGAUAGAUUCCUACUCCAAGGGAGGUCCCAUCUCAUUUGCAGAUUUGAUCCAAAUAGCAGCACAACAGGCACUCAAGAAAACAUUUCUUGAUGAGGCCAUUGCCAAGGCCGGUGGGAACAUAGAUAAGGGAAGAACCCUAUACUCAGCAUACGGGUCAAGUGGGCAGUGGGGUUUUUUCGACAAAAUAUUCGGGCGAGAUGACGCCCAAGAACCUGAUCCAGAGGGCAGGGUGCCUGAGUGGGGCAGCGCUUCUGUGCAGGAAAUGAAGGACAAGUUCAUCGCCGUUGGUCUCGGUCCUCGUCAGGUUGCUGUGAUGUCAGCCUUCUUUGGGCCUGACCAAGCUGCCACGGAGGCGAAACUGAUCGUUGAUCCAGACUGUCGUCCGUGGGUCGAGAAGUACCAGCGUAGUCGCGAGACGGUCUCCAGGACUGAUUACGAGGUUGACCUGAUAACCACGCUCACGAAGCUGAGCUACCUUGGGCAGAAGAUAAAUUACGAGGCCUACACAUACCCCAAGCAAAAGAUUAACUUGGGCAAUCUGAAGCUGUGAUUGAUGAUUUCUCUGGGCAUAAUACCUGCGAGCCAUGGCAUUCAUGAACCGAGGGCUUCAUCAGGUGACCAUGUUAGGUGUCUACGGAGAGUGACUUUGAUUCGGCUUUGUGUUUUAGCCGUGCCAGCAGGCCUUGUAGUUUAUCGCGAGGAGUACAUAUUUUCGUCCAUGGCAGGAAGGGCGGCUAGAUGGUUUGUUUGAAGUAGUGACCGGCAUGAUAUUGAAUGUUCUGUAACUUACGAAACAAGAGAUGAAGUGGUUUGAAAGAAGAAAGAUUAUCU